AUGUGUUUAGAAGAAUGGCACGAACGUCACGAGGAGCACUAUAAACCGAACUACGCAGCACUGAAAAAACAAGCGAUCAGUCAGUUUAGUUCUGCACUAACUGAAGACGAUCUCCUGAAUAUUACUACGGUGUCAGUAAUAGCGAGUGCAUUGGUGGAUCGCGUCGAACAAAUGAGUGAGGGUGAGCUCAGUCGAUCGCCACAUUUCAGCUGUCCGUUGCCGUGUGAAUAUCGUUUUGGUUUGUGGAGAAACUUGUUCAUCGCUUCGAUUAUUCUGAAUGUUUCGUUGAUUUUUGCUGUUGUUCCUUUCAUACGUUCCGUGAUUGUUCACGAUAACAAAGAGCCGCUCAUCACCUAA